UUUUCUUAAGGGUUCUUGAAUUCAUUGUCUCCAAGCAAGUCUAUUCUGUGGAGCAAUGAAACUGCUAAUGGACAAUCUCUGGAAAAAACUUCUGUCUGGGGAGCUGUGUUUAGUUUUUUCUUUCCAACAACAUGCAUUCCAAAGGAGAAUCAGGUGGUGAAGCCUUGCAAUCGGCUGCGAGAUUUUAAUGAGAGUGAAUGUUUGAGAAAUAAAUGCUGUUAUUCGUCAGUCAAGACCAGUAACUUCACCUGUUUUGCCCCACUAAAAGAUAAGCCUACGCAGAUGUUCCGGAUGUUUGGGUUUGUUGUGAUCAGCAUAAUCAGCCUGGGAUGUCUGCCCAUUUAUUGCUGCUCUUUUUGCCGGAGGAGCAGAUGGGCCAAUCCUUUACGAAGGAAAGUCAGCAGACUUUUAAAGGGUUUGAAGAAACAAAGAAGCAAACUAAAGAGGGAUGCUGAAAUGUUAGGGGCAGAAAUGGAUGAGGAAGGAUUAGAUGAUGAAAAGGAGGAGACCAAAGGUAUGAAGGCCCAAGUGCAUGGAGUAUUUGGAGCACUACAAAUAGUUCAGGAUGGCAGCAACUUCGACUUAGAUGUUAAAUCAGAAGAACUUACAACCCAAGUUAAAGAGUCAGGUUUUAUCCUGUGGACAGAAGGGAACCAAUGA